UACUUUUGCUGUCAACAUAUACUUCAAUAUCAUUCUCUGAACGAAACCGACAAAUUCAAAUCAAAUUAAUAUUGCACUUGCUAUUUUUUUGUACACGUCCAACUCGAACCUUGCACAACAGUAAAAUCGAUUGCUAAACAAUGGAUCUAGAGAAGAUUCCCGAGACGGACAUGUGGUCGGUGUCGAAGAGCGCCCGUAAGCAUCGUCGCGUCGUAUUGGGCUUCGUGCCGAAGAUUGGUUUGCCCAUUGUGGACUAUGGGGAUGUGGAUAGAAUUGAUUCAUUCUAUUUGGAAUGUCAAGAUUAUCGCGACUAUUAUCGCGAUCCGUACGACAAGCUGCACAAGCCCAUCAAGUUCGUAUUCCAUCAGGGCAAGUGUGGCAUCAGGCUGGAUACGAGCAUCGAGCAGCUGAGGCAGCCAAUGAUCUGGGUGCCCAAGCGCCUGCCGCCAAUUAGGCCCCUCGAAUACAAGUCCUACAUGAAUCUGGGCAUCGAUGCGGGAGAAAUAAUGAAGGGACGCCACAACAAGGCAAGCUGCAAUUUGUUCAAGCGAUAAAUUGUCGACACGGAAAAGAAGACCCUUUUAAACUCUUCGGCUCACUGCGCCCUAUCGAUGAGUUCAUACAGCGCAUAAAAGUUGCGUACAAGAAUUUUAAGCACUAUAUGAACGUCAGCUAUACGUGGACAGAUAUUAAAUUUUAAGGUGUGAGAACUCAAUUUUACUGUUAAUUUUAACCGACAUGAGUUCAGACGAAAAAUUAAUCUCAGUGAUUUAACUAUUCAUUUUAACCGAUAUGGGCUCAGACAACAAAUUUAUCCCACACAUGUGUAUUUCUGUAUUUAUUGUUUUAAUUAUAAAUUUUAACGUUUCAAGUA